AUGCGACUAUCUGAACCCCGCGAGUCUAACUACAGUCAGAAACUCAAGUCUCUCGCCACGAAGCUUGUCUACGCAAGUACAUGCAUAGAUCAGAACCACCUGUCACGGACCACGUCAACAACCACAUCCAAUUCUGGCUCACUUGAGGAAGAGCGGGCGGCCAUACUCGAGAGUCUACCUCCUCUGUCGGUUAACGAGACAGCUGCAUCUAUAGCUGCCGAGGCUAUAGAUCCCGAACUCAUAAAGAAGGGUAAAAAGAAGGUUGCCAGGCACAAAUAUUUCGCGAUAUCUAUCAUAUUCACUCUAAACUUCAUGUUUAUCUUUUCCAGUUGGUACUGGCCCAGAUUCUAUUUCAUAUACCUGCCUUUCAUCUCAUUGCCUCUCGUCUUAAACUGCGUCAUGAUUGCCGAUAUCAUUAUCUGGUCGUUGAAGAACCUGGUCUUCAAACCGAAAAAGGUUAUACCCGAGACCCCGGAGGAAAUGGUUCUACUCAUGCCCUGCUACAAUGAGACUUAUGAGGAAUGCAGCAGGUCGCUUGACUCACUUGUCAAUCAAGUCAACGUCGGUCAUCACAAGCAAGCGAUCAUGGUUGUUUGCGAUGGCAAGGUUCGAGGGCCUGGUAUGGACAAAACUACAGGCGAUUAUCUCAACGAAGACAUUUUUGUCGACAAAGUCGAGCGAAGAAUGAUCCGCGCAGCAUAUGUCGCCUGGGACGGCCAGUCCAUGGAUGUGGAAAUAUCAAGAGGAAUGUAUAAGGGUUUGCCAUUUUUCUGCAUCGUGAAGCAGCAGAAUCAGGGCAAACGAGACAGCUUGAUCGUUGCUCGUUCUUUCGUGCACAACUUCAACCUACGCGACACGCGACCGAAGGUCGUCUUCUCUCCUGAGUUCUUUAGGGCAAUGACAGACUUUCUGAUUAAAGAUGCGGGAAUCAACCAUGUCGAGCUAUUAAUCGGCAUGGAUGCCGAUACAAUAUUUGCGGACGAUUGUCUCAGUCAUCUGGUUGAAGAAUGUCAUUAUCCCGGAACCGUCGGCGUCUGCGGCUACGUCUCGGUAGACUUUUCAACCCAUAAGUGGAACGUGUGGUCUAUAUACCAGUCAGCCGAAUAUACUAUCGCUCAAGGCUUACGGCGACUUCACCAAAGUCUCUGCACCAAGAAAGUCUCUUGUCUUCCGGGAUGCUGUCAGCUACUUCGGGUUUGCGAGGAGACAUGCGGCGACUAUAUUCUCAUCGAGGAAUUCGGCUACCAUCCCAAGCCAACAGAUGGCAUUAUCAAACGUAUCCGCGCCACGGCGUCUGAGGACCGGAACCACGUCUGCUUGAUGCUUAUGAAGUUUCAUAAGGCCCGUACACGGCAGGCCCUAAGAGCGUACGCUUAUACUGACGUGCCACAUUCACUCUCUGUCUUCCUCAGCCAGCGGCGCCGCUGGACACUCGGCGCAACAAGCAACGAUCUCAUGUUGCUAAUGGAGGCCGAUUAUAAGUUCAAUCUAUGGGAGCGUCUUGUCGCUCUUUCGAACGUCUUGACAUGGACGCUCAACUUUUUUGUUAUUGCGAGUCUGGCUUGUAUGGUGUUCGCAUUUAUGCACCAACCUUUCUGGAUUAUCAUGAUUUUUGCUUCUAUUAUGAUCGUACCCCUCUGCUACUAUCUUGGCUUGGCCGUAUGGCUGUGCCAAAGUUGGCUAGAGCGCGGUCAAUACCUCUUAGGUCUAGCCAUCUUCACAACCUGCGGUCCUUUUAUCAACAUCUGCGUCACUCUAUACGCAUGUGUCUACAUGGAUAAUUUCGGUUGGGGUAAGACGCGUAAGGUAGUCGCCGAGACGGGUGAAGCCGAGGAACCAGACUGGCAGGCACAACAAGAGCGUUAUCAGGAUGCGCUCAAUAACAGCGAGAAGAUUUUCGGCACUAUGAUUCCUGACGAAGAGAAUCAGCUACAUCCAGAGGUCUACAGGACACCGUUUACGAUGGGUUUCGACAAGCACGGCGACACGGCAAAGAAGUCGAUAGCCUUUGCCGUUCUCCUCCUAAUGGUCAUAGCUCUUACUAUCAGUACCAUCAUGGUAAUAGCAAAUGAUACCCAAAGCAAUGUUAAUAGUGUUACAACCAAGGCUCGCGAUAAUGAUCCGCCUUCAGUUCUUGCACGAGGAGACGACGAUAUCCCCGACGGAAAGCCCCUCUUCAACAUGUCGCGUCCGCACAUCGGCGACGUCCCCUACGGCCAGGCCAUCUUCGCCUGCGCCAACCCGGGACAGAUCGCGCUGACGUUCGACGACGGCCCCUAUUUCUGGACCAACCACAUCUUGGACCAGCUGGACGGGCUCAACGUCAAGGCGACGUUCUUCGUCACGGGCAACAACCCGUUCCUAGGCCGGCGUAUCGACAAGGGUUCGCAGUACGAAGAAUUGAUCAGACGUAUGCGCACGAGCGGCCACCAAAUCGCCUCGCACACGUGGACGCACAAGCACCUCGAGGACAUCGGGCGCGAGGGCCGCUUCAAGGAGAUGGUGUACAACGAGAUGGCGCUGCGCAACAUCAUGUACACGCCGCCGAUGUACAUGCGUCCGCCGUACGGCGAAUGGCGCGACCCGGACGAGAUGGCAGACCUCGGGGCGCUGGGGUACCACGUCAUCAUGUACAACGUCGACACCAAGGACUACAAGCACAAUACCGAGAAGGACAUCGAGGUGUCGAUCGGCCUGUUCAACGACGCGCUUAGGGAAGACGGCAACGGCUCGUAUAUCGUGCUCGCGCAUGAUGUCCGCCAGUGGACGGCGCUGAAGCUGCUCCCGGCUAUGAUCCAGACUAUGUACCAGCGGGGUUACCACGCCGUGACUGUAGGGGAGUGUCUGAAUGACUCGGAGUUUAAUUGGUAUAGGGAUCCUGAUAAGGUAGAGAGCUGA